UUCCACCCCUAGUCCGCCUGCACGUGUAAAAAGAAAACAUUGAUAAAUGCAUCGUAAAACACAGUAAAACUGCCAUAAUAAAGCGAAAAUGGGUAAAUUAAACGUGACAGUGCUGCGCUACCUCACCAAGGAGGACUUCCGCGUCCUCACGGCCAUCGAGAUGGGCAUGAAGAACCAUGAGCUGGUCCCUGGACCCUUGGCCGCAGCCAUUGCAAAUCUGAAGACGGGUGGAGUCCACAAGUUGCUCAAGGAGCUCUGUAAGCACAAGCUGCUGGCCUACGAGCGCGGCAAAAAGUAUGAUGGAUACCGCCUGACCAACACGGGCUACGAUUAUUUAGCUCUGAAAUCCCUCACCUUGCGGGGAUCGGUGAGUUCCUUUGGCAACCAGAUUGGCAUCGGCAAGGAGUCCAACAUCUAUGUGGUGGCCGAUGAGGAGGGCACUGCCAUUUGCCUGAAACUCCACCGAUUGGGACGCACUUGCUUCCGGAAUGUGAAAGCCAAGAGAGACUACCAUGGACGCCGGCACAAGGCCUCCUGGUUGUACUUGUCUCGCAUUUCGGCCACCCGUGAGUUCGCCUACAUGUCCGCUCUGUACGAUCGCGGAUUUCCCGUCCCCAAACCCAUCGACUUCAAUCGCCACUGCGUUUUAAUGGAUCUCGUCAAGGGCUGGCCCAUGACCCAAGUUCAUGAGCUGCUGGAUGCUCCGCAGGUCUACGAUGAUCUUAUGAAUCUAAUUGUUCGCCUGGGAAACUCAGGAGUCAUCCAUGGUGAUUUUAAUGAGUUUAAUUUAAUGGUGACCGACGACGGCAAACCCAUACUUAUUGAUUUUCCUCAGAUGAUGUCCACCUCGCAUGAGAAUGCUGAAUUCUUCUUCGAUCGCGAUGUAAAUUGCGUGCGUGAAAUGUUCCGUCGCAAAUUUGGCUACGAAAGCGAAGACUACCCCAAGUUCAGCGAUUUGGUGCGUGAAGAUGACCUGGACGCCGAGGUUCAUUGUACGGGCUAUGGUUUCACCAAGGAGAUGGAGCAGGAUCUGCUUGAGGAGUACGGAAUGGUGGAGAAACUAGAUGAUGACGAGGAAGAGGAUGUUCAAGAGGAGGAGGAGCCGCCCACUUUGGUUACUGCGGCAGCUGUUGAAAUUGACGAAUGUCGACGUCAGGUGGAGAACGAGGUGUCCUACAGUGAGACCAAGCCCACACAAAAGUCCAAUGAUGCAGUGCGUCGCUAUAUUGAAUCGUGUACGCAGUAUCUGGGUAAUCUGGCCGUAGGUCCAGAGGUUCCCGAUCAGACACUGCCCAAGAAAGUGGAAGUUUCCCUGCCUGCCGAAACUACAGAGGUUAUUCCAGCCGUUCUUGAAGUUUCCGCUGCACCCAGUGCUUCGGAAGAUGCCAGGUCCAUCAGUUCCAACGAUCUGGACACCGAUGAAGUGCCCGAGUUGGUGGGCCUGGAUCCCAACUCUCGCAUGUAUCGCCUAAAAAUGGUCGAGCAGAUGCUAAAUGAUGCCAGAAGUCAGCGCUCGUACUCCACCACAACCAGCACGAUAGCUCCGUCCGUGAUCACCGACCGGAUACGUCGCAACAUGGACAUCAAGGAGAAGCGGGAGCAGCGCAAGAAGUGUGUGGCCAAGGGAGAAGCCAGUGCUGUUCAUCGUCAUCGCAAGGAGAACAAGGAUGUGGUGAAGGAAUACGCCGGCUGGGACUUUUAGAUCAGGUUAGACCUGAAAAUCUAUUUGAUAAUAGAUAAAUAUUUCUUACUCCCUCUAGUGAUAUGUAAAUGUAUAAUAAAACAGCUAUUCGUUUUGAA